AUGGAUUUGAUGUUUAUAGCCCUCUGGGUCAGUGUGCUCUUAAGUCCUCUCGCUCACACAGCGCCUCAAGAUGUUGGUCUAGAACCCAAUUCGACGAACGGUAAUGCUACGCUGGACUUGUCCGUCCAAGGGGUGAUCGGAGGCCCUGAUUAUACCGCUACAUGGGGUUUCGUUCCAGCAGUGCCCAUCCCCGGACUCACUUUCUGCAUGGUGGUGAUACUAGCACUGUGUGAUCUCGCCCUGGCCGACUACAACGAGUAUGUUCCAUUGCCUAUGGAAUUCAGAUACCCUGCAUACAACGGCAUGAGCAUAACUGUUUUAGAUAGACGGGGUAUUACCACAAUCACAAGGAAAUAUGUGGUGAUAGCCCUUUUCUACCUCUUGAAGGGCGCUGCCGAAAAGAACGCCUGCGGGCAAGGAACGUUCGAAUUAUACUUUAGGCACCGACUCGUGGCACUGAUCCACGUGGAUAAGCACGAGAGCCUACCACCAACUGCUUCACCAGACAGCUCGGACCCAAUUGCGGAGCAACUCAAUUCAAGCAGCCCAGCCAGCAUCGUUGAUAUCGAGCACUACAAUUACUCCUCCGUGCCCCAUUCGCCUAAAGGUGACAUCGACUUGGCCCAAGAGCCAUCCAAUACACCUUUCCGCCUCUACUACAACUUUUACGGCUCCAGCUUCCCAGUAGAUAAAUACUUCAUUACGCUCGCAUUUGGGCUUGCCCGCCUUGCCGAACGAGAAGUUGAUGUCGUCUUGACUCAGGUGGAUGAAAGCUUGGGGAGCACCCCCAACCAUUUGCUGCUUACCUCUUGGCAGCACCCACCCCGGACGCAGCCUCCCUUUUUCCUGAACGGGCUGGCUGUUCGCGGUUUGUGCAAACUUGCCAAGGUUGCCGUGAAGGAUCGGAAGUUCCAGGAGGUGGAAGCAGUGAUCGAGAUGGGGCCUCAGACGCCGGUUGGAAUUAUUAAUAUGACGAGGAUCGAGAGUGCUCAGAGUGGGCAAAAGGGCGCCGGAAAUGAUAUUGGUGAGCAGGUGGAGGUGCUAUGA